ACCGUCGGGCAGGAGCAGAAGCAGGAGCAGGUCAGCGGGACGCUCGGUGUGUAAACGGGGGGGAUUGGACCUCUUGUUUCUCCCUCCUCUCCCCUGCGGUUGGAGUUCAGCGCUCCCCACCACGGGAGGGGUUUUCAAACAGACGCAGCUCCUUAGAAAGAGUAGAGAUCUGAAGAAAUCCCAGAUGAUGGCUUCUGAUGCGAGUCAUAUGCUGGAGGCAGCUUUGGAGCAGAUGGAUGACAUCAUUGCAGGUACAAAGUCAGCUACAGAGUAUGCUAAUGGUGGUUAUGACAUUGUGUCACCUGCUCCAUCAGUGUACUUGGGCACAUUUCAAAUCCUGCAUCUUCUGGAAGAUCUAAAGAUGGCACUGGAAAUGCUGGAGGAUCCUCAGGAGAAAGAAGCAUUGCGAAAUCAAAUUCCAGGGGCCACAGCAGUGCGUCUGCGGGAGUGGUUUGAAGAGAAUCUGUCACAGGUGAAUCAUCAUUCAUCUAAUAAUGAAACUUAUCAAGAAAGGUUGGCACGAUUAGAAGGUGAUAAAGAGUCGCUCAUACUGCAGGUGAGUGUUCUGACAGACCAGGUAGAAGCUCAAGGAGAGAAAAUCCGGGACUUAGAAAUCUGUCUUGAGGGGCAUCAGUUGAAGCUGAAUGCUACAGAAGAAAUGCUUCAACAGGAAUUGCUGAGUCGCACAUCGCUGGAGACACAGAAAUUAGAUCUAAUGGCUGAAGUUUCAGACCUGAAAAUUAAACUGGUUGGUAUGGAAAAGGAACAGAGUGAAUAUGAAGAGAAACAGAACAAAGCUGAGGGUUUGCUACAGGAACUUAGGCACCUCAAAAUUAAAGUGGAAGAACUGGAAAAUGAAAGAAAUCAAUAUGAGUGGAAAUUAAAAGCAACUAAAGCCGAGAUAGCCCAGCUUCAAGAGCAAUUAGCUCUCAAAGAUGCAGAGAUAGAACGCCUGCAAAGUCAACUCUCUAGGACCUCAUCAUACAGUGAAGUGGCAGAAAGAGAGGAAGUUUAUAGGAGAAGGCUAAAAGAAAAACAUCAAGAAGUUCAGCGACUGAAGAUAGGAAUGGAAUCACUAUUGGCUGCAAAUGAAGAAAAGGACCGUCGAAUAGAGGAGCUAACGCUGUUGCUAAGCCAGUACAGGAGGGUCAAAGAGAUCAUGAUUGCAGCUCAUGGCUCUUCUGUCUCUGGUGGCAGUGAAGAGGAAGCUGAGGUAACUUUAAGGAAGUGGAAUCUUUUGGAUAAUUCUCAAGGAGAAUUACUAAAAACAGAGGCCUCUUCAGGAGAAUUGUCACAAGCUGUGCUCCCUCCAGUGCCACACAAAGCUAUGGAAAUCAGUGGAAGCAUUUCAGUAUCUUCGACUAAUUUGACCUCUCCACAAGAAGAAUCUUUGGAAAUCAUAUAUAGGGUUCCACAGGAAAAAAAGUCAAGUAGUUUAGAAGACUUGCAGAGUGAAUCCAUGGAGAAGUAUGUAGAUGGAAAACCAGCACAACCUGUUGUAGAACAAGAGAGUAAGCCAGUUGUGAAGGGCAGCAAGUACCAAACUUUGCCAGGAAAGAUGCCCCGACCCUUGCAGAAUGGAGAGCAGGGAACAUAUCACUCUCCAGAUGGAUGUGGGAUGAAUGACAGUGAGGAAAACGGCGUCCCGGGCCUGAAUCGCAUCAGGAGUGUCAGUGCACCAGUGCUAGGAGAAACAGAGAACAUGGAUGGUACAGUAGUCUCAGAUGACCUUUCACCUCUUUCUUCGGGAACCGAUUCAGGUCUGCAGUCUCCAUGGUCUCCAGAAAACAGAAAGAGUCCAAAAGGGAUCAAGAAAAUCUGGGGAAAAAUAAGAAGAACUCAGUCAGGUAACUUCCCUGCAGACGACCUGGGGUUGGCAGAGUUCCGAAGAGGUGGUCUCCGUGCUACAGCUGGGCCUCGGUUAUCCCGGUCCAAGGACACCAAAGGCCAAAAGAGUGACUGCAAUGCUCCAUUUGCUCAGUGGAGCACUGAGAGAGUUUGUAACUGGCUUGAGGACUUUGGUCUCGGCCAGUACGUCAUUUUUGCACGGCAGUGGGUGAUGUCGGGCCACACGCUGUUAACUGCCACACCUCAGGACAUGGAAAAGGAAAUGGGAAUAAAGCAUCCACUGCACAGGAAGAAAUUAGUUUUGGCCAUUAAGUCAAUAAAUGCAAAACAAGAUGAGAAGUCUGCACAACUUGAUCAUAUCUGGGUGACACGAUGGCUUGAUGAUAUUGGCUUACCUCAGUACAAAGACCAGUUUCAUGAAUCCAGAGUUGAUGGGAGGAUGUUGCAGUACUUAACUGUGAAUGACCUUCUCUUUCUGAAAGUCACCAGUCAGCUACAUCAUCUGAGUAUUAAAUGUGCCAUUCAUGUGCUGCAUGUCAACAAUUUUAACCCCCACUGUCUACGCAGGAGACCGGUUGAGGAGAACAAUGUGUCACCUUCUGAUGUGGUUCAGUGGUCCAAUCACAGAGUGAUGGAAUGGCUCAGAUCAGUGGAUCUGGCAGAAUAUGCACCAAACCUUCGAGGAAGCGGAGUGCACGGGGGCCUGAUUAUUCUCGAACCUCGCUUCAACGGUGACGUGCUGGCCAUGCUCCUGAAUAUCCCACCUCAAAAGACCCUCCUGCGCCGCCACCUCACCACCAAUUUUAAUGUAUUAAUUGGACCUGAAGCACAGCAAGAAAAAAGAGAAAUAAUGGAGUCAGCAGCAUACACACCUCUGACCACCACUGCCAAAGUUCGGCCAAAGAAACUUGGAUUUUCCCAUUUUGGAAACUUAAGGAAAAAGAAAUUUGAUGAAUCAACAGACUACAUUUGCCCUAUGGAUACAAACCCAACUGCUACGAAUGGUACUCCAAAAAACUACAGUGGAUACAAAGGACUUAGUCCUUUCACUGAUAGGGAACUGGAUCAGAUGGAACACUCAGAAGGCACAGUAAUGCAAAUAGGGGCUCUUUCUCAAGGCAUAAGCCAGCUUACGACGCUGUUAAGCCAGGAUGAAAUGCUGAAUGACAGCAAGUUUUUAGCACCUACCUUUGAAGACUGGAGAUGAUGUUCCAGCCUGACCAAGAACACUACUCAAUACCUCAUGCCUGUUGUAAGUGGCCAGAAGCAGCUGGAGGCCCUGGUGCAGGCUGGCUUUACCUCUCUUCUACUACUGUGACUUAGCACAUAGCAUUUAAUGUAGCCAUACGUUACAGGUAGCUCUCCUCUGUGCUGUUUUUCCAUAUAGUGUCAUAUGAAAUAGGUGUUGGGAGAAGCACCGGACUCAUAUCCAUUGUCUGGAAAGUCUAGACUGGCACCAUGUUUUACCCUUUUAUUCAGUCCUCUUUUACAUGGUAUGUUAUAUGAAAGACCUUUUGUAAUUUUUUAUUUUUAUAAUUAACUUGUAAUGCAGGAAUCAUUAAUACUAUUGUACCAUGUGGGCUUCCAUCAGAGCUACCUGGAAAUUCAGAUGGAUGCUGGUGAGUGCAGCAGUGAUGGCUCACUCAGUACUACUCUGGCCUUGCCAGACUGGUUCCCAAAAAGGAUUUUAACUUCUCAUCCCUUUCACUGGCACAUGUCCUGCCCUCUUUUUAUCUAAGUGCAGUGUUAAAGAAUGGAAGUGCAGGGAAGAAAGGAAUAUAAUGCUAUCCAUCAAGCCCUUGAUUUUAUCAGGAGGACAACAAGCUGGCAUGUUCACAAAUCUUUCCCUGAUGCAAAGAGAUGCUGAACUACAGCACUGUAACUCCAAGACUACCAGAAAAGUAUCAUAAUAAAACAAAUAUUUAUUUCCUUAAAACACCUGACAAAACAGAUAUGUUGCUAUUCUGCUGAGCUAGGCAUGACUGCAGCCUCUGACUACUUACUUGAGGGGCUGCUUGAGGGUGAAACUGUCUCCUUUACAGCAGCAAUUACCUGUGGCAUCUGUUUAUAUAUGCCUCUCCUGUAUUCAUGAGUACUAACAAGCUAUGUUAGUAAAUAGGGAAAUGCCAGACAGAAAUCUGCUUAGUUGUAAGGAAAAGACUUAGUAUCUGGCUGGUUUGUCUUACUCUGACUCUCUUGCAACACUGACUGCAUCGUGUUGGUUUACAUACUAAUAGAGCCUGAGGGUAGGUCACUCCCAGCCACAACCCUCCCAAACAAAGGGGAAAUCUCCAGUAUUGUCCAGAGCAUGCAGCAAGGGCUCCUUGAGAACUACCAGUGGCACUUUUUGAGGUGACCUAUCCUACCCUUCACCCCAUGAGUUUCUCAUGGCAGACCUUGGAGUGUACAGUCAGAUUUAAGAAGCUAAAUACAUGGGUUUUAUGGUUCAAAAUGGUAAAGCCGAAAGUUGCUGAAAAAUUAGAUAAUGGAAAAUCCAGAGGCAUGACAAAUCAGUCUGCAGAUCAGCCAACUACAAAUGUUUAAUAAAAGGUAUUACAUGUACCCAUCUGGCAAUGCAGCUAGUACUAGUGACCAGAUCAGGUACCAUGGGCAUUUGAAAUACCUUUCCAGGUUAAUUACCCAGCAAAAUUAUUACAGUACUGCAAAUGGUAUAAACUGCUCCAGCAAAGGCAGUCUUAGUAUAUCACUGGGAUAUUCCAAACAGAUUUUCCCAUUUCCUUCAAAGCUGUAUUUAUAACUCAGUGUGGUGUUGUGCUAACUUGGUUGUGAAUAGUCAAUCUACAAAAUUAUUAAUUUUUUUUUAAAUAUAAGUGUAAUUGGCAUUACACUGGUAUAAAUGCUUAUUUUUUUACUGUUAUCAAUAUUCUGAAUGUUCCUUUAUCUCUUCCUGACUGUGGAAUGAUUUAAUGCAAAUACAAGUAGCUGACGUCACACCAGGGACAGAAUCCCAGUCUGAAUCCUCAUGUCUUUCCUUGCAUUAUUGCUACAAAUGUAGCUGAUAAAGUACAAAACCCCUAUGUCAGUUUUAAACAACUAGACUCCUUUAGGUUUGCUUUAGAUGAAUAAAAAUAUUUAGUAAACACAUAUCUUAACUGCUGAAGAAACAAGUCAGCUGGCCCAGGGAUUUGUCGAAUAGUGUGAACUAAGUGUUCACUACUUAGAGUGAACUAAGUCCUGGAAAUGAACAUGAAGGACUUCAGGCACUGAAGACUAGAAAUUCAGUGCUAAGUGGUAAAAACUCCAAUGAGGCACUACUUGAGUGUAAGAUCAACUCAGCAUAGUUUACACCAGGCAAAAAGAAGCCAUGAUAUCUCUCAAGCAAAGGAAAUUUCUUAGCAAGCCCCAAGAGAAUGACAUGCAAAUGAUGCAACAUCACUUGGCAGUGCUUCUUUAGCUAAGGUUGUUAGAAGACAGCAUGAAGGCAUGUAAUCCUCCCAAAUAAAUUUCACACUAAUGAGAAUUUCUGUUACAAUAACAUGUAAUUUUCAUGUUUUACCCAAAUUCUGUUCACUUUUUCAGAAGCAGACUGUGACUUCUUAAGUCCCUGAUAAAAGGGCUGUAAAACAGCAUUAAAAUAAAAAGAAAAAAAACCAAAACACAAAAAACCUUGUGCUUUGUACUUUCCUUCCCCAAGGAAGGAAAUUCACUAAAUGAAUUACCUAUGGAGCAGUCAGGUGAUCCUACAUCAGUUUCAUAACCCAUGUUGAGAAAUAAGUGGUUUUAUCUCUCUCUCCUACCUCUCUGAUUACACUUAAUUUUCUUUUCCUCAGAAUUCAUUUUCAUACUAACUCUUAAGAGGUUAGACUAAGUUACUGCCACACAACUCAAGAUGAUUUAUCAACUUCUUAGUAUUAAAACACAGAAGGGUAACUAUGAAGUUAUAAACCACAGAAAUUACUUCUAGGGGUUAAAAACAAUCACACACACAAACACAAAAAGUGCUGCACAGUUACAUAUCAAUUGUUUGUAUAGGAAAAUACACAGUACUUACAAAAA